AUGUUCCACCGUCGUCGCCCAGCUACAACUACCACCCGUAGCUCCAAGCCGAGUCUUAUGACUCGCCUCCGCGGCCCUAAUGCGAAAAGCAAGACCGUGAAAACAAAGACGACAACAACUCGCCAUGGCCCUUCUACUCAUCACGGUCCCUCCGCUCAUAACACCACCGGUCGUCGCUGGGGUGCUUCCAGGCCUCAGCAUCAUCAUCGCCGGAAGGUGACACUCGGCGACAAGGUUUCCGGUGCGAUGUUGAAAUUGAAGGGCAGCUUGACCCAUCGCCCUGGCGUUAAGGCCGCUGGUACCCGACGUAUGCAUGGUACUGAUGGACGUGGAAGUCAUCACCAUGUCUACUAG